AUGGCAACAGCCAGCAACUCUCUGGAGAGUGAACUGCCAUCAUCGUCCCUCAUCAUCUUAGCUUUCAUCAUCGUAGGCACUGAAAGCUUUGUCGGCAUCGUUGUAAACAGUUUCAUUGUGGCUGUCAAUGUGGCUCUGUGGGUUCAGAAGAGGGCUGUUUCCACCAGUGGGAAGAUCCUACUCUUCCUGAGUGCUUCCAGAAUAGCCCUCCAAAGUUUCAUGGUGCUAGACAUCAUCUCAAUCUAUACAUUCCCAGGUUUUUAUUUGAAAUGUGUCUUCGAUUGCAUAUACAGAGCAGGUUUCAUGUUCUUAAACUGUUGUGGCCUCUGGUUUGCUGCUGUGCUCAGUUUCUUUUACUUUGUGAAGAUUGCCAACUUCUCCUGUCUUCCUGUCCUCAAGCUGAAGCGGAGAAUUUCGGGAUUGGUUCCCUGCCUCCUCUGGCUAUCAGUGUUUAUUUCCUUCAGCUGCAGCAUGUCCUUCCCCAAGUGCAUCUUCAUUGUGAGUUCUAACAGUUCUUUAACUUUCCAGCAUGGCAACUACACAAAGACACACGUGGUCAGGCUGGCUGUGUUCUUCACCCUGGGGGUCUUCAUUCCCCUGGUGAUUUUCAUCAUAACAGCCUCUCUGCUGAUCAUCUCUCUCAAGAGACAUAUCCUGCUGAUGGAAAACAGUGCCACUGGCUCCAGGGACCCCAGUAUGGAGGCUCACGUGGGGGCCAUCAAAACAAUCAGCUACUUUCUCAUCCUCUACAUUUCCAAUGCAGUUGCCCUGUUUCUCCUUCUGUCCUCCAUCCUUCCUCGCAGUUUUUUCUGGAAUGUUUUGCUUAAAGUCAUCAUAGCUGCCUAUCCAGCUGGCCACUCAAUCCUACUGAUUCAGGACAAUCCUGGGCUAAGAAGAGCUUGGAAGCAACUUCGACCUCAAAUUCAUCUUUGUCCAAGAGAGUAG